CCCGUUCUCGGCCCAUGCACAUGGCGCUAGCGUCCUGCAACUCGCUCCCAGCCGACGCCGCCUGCUUAUUCCCGGCCAUGGCGUACCGCCACCCGUGCGACGCCGGCGGCCUAGCAGCAUCCGCCUUCUACGGCGCCGCUCGUAGCCCCGCGGCGGCUUUACUCUCCCAGCCCCAGCUCGCGUUCGGUGCUGCGGCUCUCACCAGCCUGGCGCCGCCGCCGCAGCCCGACGCCGUCUUCGAGCGCCUGUCGGAGGAAGGCGUCGUCUCGUCGGUUGUGCCUGGCACGACGACGUUCGGGAGGCCGCCGCCGGAGAUGCCGGUCGAGUACGCCGUACCGGACGCCUCGGGCUAUGCUCAUCAUGCCAUGGGUGCGGCCGCCAUGGCAGGGGCAGAAGGGUCCACGAGGACGACGGACAGGAUCGCGUUCCGGGUGAGGUCGCAGGAGGAGGUGCUCGACGACGGCUACAAAUGGAGGAAGUACGGCAAGAAGUCUGUCAAGAACAGCCCCAAUCCGAGGAACUAUUACCGGUGCUCGACGGAGGGCUGCAACGUCAAGAAGAGGGUCGAGCGAGAUAAGGACGACCCGAGCUACGUUGUGACCAUGUACGAGGGGGUGCACAACCAUGUGAGCCCCGGCACGAUCUAUUACGCCACCCAGGACGCCGCCUCCGGCCGCUUCUUCGUCGCCGGGAUGCAUCAAGCCCUUGAUUAUUAGGCAGAGCGUGUGCUAGCGUAAGAUAGACACACGCACACUGACUGUCUUGGUUUAGGGUAGACAAGCCUACUACUCCACAUGGAAACUAAGGGCCUGCUUGGAGAGGAACUAAAGUUGAAUCCUAAAUUUUAGCAAUAUUAGUACUCACAUUGUCACAAAUAUGCUAAAAGGUUUCACCACUAAGCAGUUCUUAAAUUGGGUAAAGUAGUAUCGUAGCUUGGUCGGUAGCGAGGCACGGCAGAGAAAGAGCGCCGAAAUGAAUUAAAUAGAUAUCUGUUCACUAGCCGGUAGCAAGGUAGUAUUCCCCUGAUUCUUGUAGCACUGUCCAUGCAUUCCAACUAGAAGUAGCUGGUGUUGUUGGAUCAGCGAAGUUCAGAAUUGUGAUUACUUUGCUUUCUUGUCGAUUUCUUGAGAGAGUUCCCCUCUCCGGUUGUACUCCUUUCUUCAAGGGAAGGUAUUAUCAAAUUGUAAUCUUCACAAAAAUAUGUGUCAGUCCUGGUUAAAGUUUAGUCCACCCCAUUAGCACUCUGCACUCCUGUUUGGAUGAUCUAGUGCUAAAAUUUAGCACUUCCACCUAUUAGCAUUUGGACCCAAACAGACCCUAACAUAUGACAUGUCUCUUCCUCCAUUCCAAAUUAUAGUUCAUUUUAAAAUUUAUAGAUUUGUAGUUUUUCUAUUCACCUAGAUAUAUAUCAUGUCUACGUAGCAAAAACUAUGUAUUUAGAUUUUAUCGAAAGGACCUACAAUCUAGAACA